CCGGCCAUCCUCCCCGAGUUUAUUUUCAUCCGCUUUGAAACGCCCGAGGCUGCUGCGUCAUCGGCAUGAAACGUGAGUUGCGUAGCCUUUGCCUGUUGGUCUUCGUGUCCACGGGGAUCACGGUGAUCAUGGAGCCGACGGAGGUGCCCAUUCUGAACAACGACGAUCCGGCGACGUUCGACGAAGCAUUUGGUUCGUGUAUGGCGAGAAAAGAAUUCGGUACCUUCGAGUGCGUAAAUCGAGGCACUUUGAGCGCCCUUCAGUUGCUCAAUCAGAAGGACGAUCUUGAUUUCGGCGAGGUUCAUUUGGAGAGAGCCGAUGGUUAUGGCAGAGAGCUUCUAGACUGGGAUUAUGAUCCGAAGGAUUUUGGGAACAUCGUGAAAGCUGCUACUAGGUUAAUGGAACGUAGGAGUUUGAAAUGGAACCUGGAUAACCUGUACCCUGGACUACAGUUACGCGCUGGGCCGAUGUUAAAUGGAAACGGGUUAUUAGAGUUUGUGAUCGAUGAAAGGGCAGCAACCUUUAGUGACAGACAUGCUGGUCCAGGAAGACAAAUGCUGAGACAUUUGUUGAUACCCUUUCUCUUAGGAUUCAAAUUCAAUCUGGUUUCGCUGAUUCCACUGCUGUUCGGUCUUUUAUUGUUAUUCACAAAGAAGGCGCUGUUGCUGACCAAGAUAGCAUUGUUCAUUAGUGGUCUUCUUGGUUGGAACUCAUUGUUCUCCACCGCCUCUGCACCCUAUCCAGGAACAGGAUUUUAUACGUAUGGGCAGGAGCAACCAGCUGGAGGAUUCCCUCAUUACGAACAGCAGCAUUUUCAUCAUAGACCCUACAAAGGUUUCUACGGCAGUGAUUUUGAACCGUAUACACAGCACGUGAUCAGAGAGGUCGUCGACGUUUAUGAUAAUAGGGAAGAGGUGGGAAAGAACAAACGAAGUGGAAAGAAUUUCGUUUGGAUGAAAAAUAGUUGAACCAAGAGUGUAGUUAACUCUUUCAAAAUGGAUGCUUUGAGACUGACGCAGUGGACACAAAAAUUUUGUAUAUUUCAUAAAUGAUAAAAUGUCCAAAAAUGAU